AUGUUUCUUUUCUCUGUCUUCUUUGUUUGUCUCUGCCUGUCUCCUCUUUUGCUCUGUCUCCUCUCUCUGUCUCCUUUGUUUGUCUCCCUGUCUCCUGUGUGUGGUCCAUAUAAACAACUUGAGCAGCAGCAACAGCAGCAGCAACAGCAGCAGCAACAGCAGCAGCAACAGCAGCAGCAACAGCAGCAGCAACAGCAGCAGCAACAGCAACAGCAACAGCAGCAGCAACAGCAGCAGCAACAGCAGCAGCAGCAGCAGCAGAAGUUGCUGCUGCUGCUGCCGCUGUUGCAGUGCUAA